AGAAGGAACAAACUUAUUGGAGUAUUUUUCAGUUUUUCCUCAUAAAAAGGACGAAAGCGAUCGAUUUGUAGAAAAAGAAAGGAGAAUUAAAUUCAUUGAUUGAUUUAUUAUUAGGUAAGGGAACAGAGAAAGAAGGAGCACAGAUUCACACAAAAAUCCAAAUCAUCGAUGGCUAAAGCUGGCGGGGUUUGGAUUUUGCCGUUGGUCGCCGCCUGGUGGUGGCUGUCCACGGUGGCGACGGUGAGGGGUUCGAAUUCGACGACGAUUUACGACGAGCUUCGGGCGCAGGGUCUUCCGGAGGGGCUUCUUCCGAAGGGAAUUGCGAAGUAUUCGUUGAACGGAACAAGUGGGGAAUUCGAGGUGUGGAUGCCGGAACCCUGCAACGCCAAGUUCGAGAACGAGGUGCACUACGAUUCCAACAUAAAGGGUAUCCUCGGAUUCGGCCGGAUCGGGGAAUUGUCCGGUAUGUCGGCGCAAGAGCUCUUUUUGUGGUUCCCUGUUAAGGGCAUUCGUGUGGAUGUUCCCACCUCUGGUCUUAUACACUUUGAUGUCGGUGUUGCGGAUAAGCAGUUAUCUCUUUCCCUUUUUGAAGACCCUCCUGAUUGUAACCCUGAGGUUAAUGUUGGUAGUGAAGGUGUGCUGAAGGCUGCUUGGUAGAAGAUAAGAUGAACAUUGCACCAUUUCAAAUAACUCAUCAAUCGGUUCCUCUACCUGUAGUUGGUCUUCAUCGAUAUAUGUAUGUAUAUAUAUACAUAUAUAUACAUAUACAUAUAUAUAUCUUGUACAGUGCGAUGUUUUUUAAUUUCUGUUCUGAUUAAAUGAAUCGCCUGUCUCAAGGGACAAAGGAUGAAAAUUUUUGAUGGUUCUGUGACAGACAAAGGAUGUAGGGUUAGAGUGGUUUAGCCAAUAUUAUAUAAAAAGUUUUAUUAUC